UGCUCCGCCGCUGCCAUGGAGCCUCGGAAGUGUACUGGAUCUGUAUUGAUUGGAUUUUACCUGUGGGCGAUGUUCUGCUGUCAAGGUUGCCAUGGCGGUGUGUACCAGAGGAAGCUGUACCGAGACCUGAUGGAAAACUACAAUCGUCUGGAAAGACCCGUCCAAAAUGACUCUGCGCCCAUUGUUGUGGAACUCGGCCUAACACUGCUACAAAUCAUUGAUGUGGAUGAAAAGAACCAGGUGUUGAUCACAAACGCUUGGCUGCAGCUGUAUUGGACAGACAUUUACCUAUCAUGGAACGCAGAGAGCUACCCCGGGGUUCAAAACCUGCGCUUCCCUUCCAAUCUGGUAUGGGUCCCAGAUAUCCUCCUCUACAACAGUGCUGAUGAGAGGUUUGAUGCUACGUUCCAUACAAACGUGCUGGUAAAUGCGUCAGGAUCCUGCCAGUACAUCCCACCAGGCAUCCUGAAGAGUACCUGCUACAUCGAUGUGCGGUGGUUCCCCUUUGAUGUGCAGAAGUGUGACCUCAAGUUUGGCUCGUGGACCCACAACGGCUGGCUGCUGGACCUCCAGAUGAUGGAUGUGGACAUCUCGACCUACAUACCAAACGGGGAAUGGGAUCUAGUAGGUGUGCCGGCCAAGCGUAAUGAGCUGUACUACGAGUGCUGUAAGGAGCCCUACCCCGAUGUGACGUUCACGGUCACCAUGCGCCGCAGGACACUCUACUACGGCCUCAACCUGCUCAUCCCCUGUGUGCUCAUCUCUGGCCUGGCCCUGCUGGUCUUCCUGCUCCCUGCUGACUCUGGAGAAAAGAUCUCACUCGGCAUCACAGUGCUGCUGUCUCUAACAGUGUUCAUGUUACUGGUAGCAGAGAUCAUGCCUGCCACUUCAGACUCUGUUCCUCUGAUUGCUCAGUACUUUGCCAGCACCAUGAUGAUUGUGGGCUUGUCUGUGGUGGUGACAGUCCUGGUACUACAGUUCCACCACCAUGACCCCCAUGGAGGGAAGAUGCCCAAAUGGGUCCGAGUUAUCCUUCUCAACUGGUGCGCUUGGUUCCUCCGCAUGAAGAAACCUGGAGAGGAAAGCAGAGCAGCCAUGAGCCCCCAAAACUACAAGUACUCCCACCCUCCUGCACACCAUACCAGCACCAACAGCAUUCAGAUGAGCACCAUACCAGGGCAGGCAUCCACCCAGUCGACCACGACCAACGGGAGCAUGAACCUGUACUUUGGCUACCACUCAAUGGGCACAGACAACCCUGCUUUCCCACCAAGCACCGAUUCGGGUGUGGUGGUGUGCGGCGGAGGCGGAGGCGGCCAUCCAAACGGCUCCUCUCCACAUGACAUCCACUCAGAACAGACGCGGACUUUGCUGCUGGAGCAGGUUCCGGAAAUUUCCCGGAUCCUGGAGGAAGUGCAGUACAUUGCCAGACGCUUCCGGGAGCAGGACGAGGGGGAGGCAAUCUGCAGCGAGUGGAAGUUUGCAGCGGCUGUGGUGGAUCGGUUGUGCCUGGUGGCUUUCUCGCUCUUCUCCAUCAUCUGCACCUUCACCAUCCUCAUGUCAGCCCCCAAUUUCAUCGAGGCUGUGUCCAAAGACUUCACAUAAGGUUGAUCUCCUCCCUCUCUGAGAGGAAAAAGAGAACUAACAUUAAAAAUCCUGACACGAUUACAACUGUGCCACACAAGCCUCCCUGCUACGACAACGUGAAGCCACACAGUUACUUUAGAAGUGUUGUUACAAGUCACCAGAAGCAAACCUUUCCCUCUAUCUUCACAUAUUUGUCAGUAGUAUAUGGUUGUUUGGAGAUGAUGUGAUUUUUCCCAUUCAGAGUGGCUCUCCUUGCUAACACUGCACAUAAAGUAUGCCACAGUAUGUAGGAGGCUGAGGCUACAUGCAGUAUUUAAUGAUGUAGAAACUCACACUAAUGCACUUUCAUCUGUACCCCUGCUGUACCACAUCAUUUACCUGCCACCACCUGGGCUUCACAUCUCAUCAGAAUAUAUCGCUAACAUUCCCUCCUCUUACAGCUCUUUUUUCUGCUAUUUUCCUCACUUUUUCCACUUCCUUUCCCAUGUGUCAUGCUUCUCAUCUUCUACAAAUGUCUUAAUGUCUUCAGCAGUUACAUACAGUACAGUCAGUAGAGUUCAAU